UUCCUCUUCUUUCUGUGCUAGGGGCCCCUGCUCCUCCAUCAUUUUCUUUUACUUUCUCCAGGACCGUGCUUCGAACCCUAACAAAGGGAAAAGGGAAUUUCUCUGAACUAAACUCAUAAUUUUCCCAGAAUCGGUGGGAAAAUGCAGCACCAGAGGCUGAAGCAGCAGCAGCAGCAACAACAACAAGCUUUGAUGCAGCAAGCUCUCCUCCAGCAACAGUCUCUAUACCACCCCGGCAUCCUAGCUCCUCCUCAGAUAGAGCCAAUCCCAAGUGGAAAUCUGCCUCCUGGUUUUGAUCCAAGUACUUGCCGCAGUGUGUAUGUGGGAAACAUACAUAUGCAAGUAACUGAACCACUUCUUCAAGAGGUUUUUGCUAGUACUGGUCUUGUUGAGGGCUGCAAACUUAUCAGAAAGGAAAAGUCAUCAUAUGGAUUCAUCCACUACUUCGAUCGCAGAUCUGCUGCUCUUGCCAUAUUGUCUCUUAAUGGAAGGCAUCUAUUUGGGCAGCCUAUCAAAGUUAAUUGGGCAUACGCUAAUGGUCAGAGAGAGGAUACAUCUGGUCACUAUAACAUAUUUGUUGGGGAUCUUAGCCCUGAGGUUACUGAUGCAAUGCUGUUUGCAUGCUUCUCUGUUUACCCCAGUUGUUCGGAUGCAAGGGUAAUGUGGGAUCAAAAAACUGGGCGUUCAAGAGGGUUUGGGUUUGUUUCAUUCCGGAACCAACAGGAUGCCCAGAGUGCAAUCAAUGACUUAACUGGAAAGUGGCUUGGCAGCAGGCAGAUACGAUGUAACUGGGCAACAAAAGGUGCUGGAGGUAAUGAGGACAAGCAGAGUUCUGAUGCCAAAAGUGUCAUGGAACUAACCAAUGGUUCAUCAGAGGACGGGAAAGAGACAACAACCAAUAGUGAAGCUCCUGAAAAUAAUCCUCAAUAUACUACUGUUUAUGUGGGUAAUCUUGCUCCUGAGGUCUCUCAGUCAGAACUUCACAUCCACUUCCAUGCUCUUGGCGCUGGAGUGAUUGAGGAGGUACGAGUCCAGAAAGGCUUUGGUUUUGUAAGAUACAGUACUCAUGCCGAAGCAGCUCUGGCUAUUCAGAUGGGGAACACUCAGUCAUUUCUCUGUAGCAGACAAAUUAAGUGUUCAUGGGGCAGCAAGCCCACUCCACCAGGAACGAGUUCAAACCCGCUCCCCCCACCUGCAGCUGCAGCUCUACCUUUGCCCGGGUUCUCGGCCACUGACCUUCUAACCUAUGAGCGACAACUUGCUAUGAGCAAGAUGGGCGGUGUUCAUGCCCUGAUGCAUCCUCAGGGACAGCAUUCUCUUAAAGGUGCAACAAUGGGAGUAGGUGCUGCUGGAGCAAGCCAAGCAAUAUAUGAUGGAGGGUUCCAGAAUGUUGCUGCUGCCCAGCAGCUGAUGUACUAUCAAUAAAGUAAUAAAAUAAGUUGGUGUCAUAUACCCCUUGUUUCCUGCCCUUGCAGGUCUUUUGUGAGUUCAAAAGUUCUAGGAGGCUUUUUAAGUGUUUCCCUCUUUACCCAAUGGUGAAGUUCUCACCCUGCAUUAUCUUAUAGCAAAUGUUUGCCGAUUGUAUCAAUAUUUUAUGUUUGCAGAUCUCGUUUCAUUCCUAAAUAUCUAGGAAGCUUCUUAAUGUAAUUUCGCUUAUUUACACCUUAUGGUGGCUGUUCAAAUAGCAUAUACACAUUUGCAAAUGAUGUCUAUUUUGAGUUCUAGAUAAGGAAGAAAGCUAUUUCUUGUGC